GAUGAUUGAUUGCAUCGAAAUUCCAACCAGGCAAACUCUGCGUAAGGAAAAUUGAAAUCAAAAGCAAGGCAAAAGUUUAUCGCUCGUCGACCUGCGCUUGGCCAGCAUUCUCAACAUAAAUCCGUUUCAUAAUGGCAACCACGUCCCACGCAACAGCCCAGCUCAUCUCCGAGACGACCGUUGCGGCCUCAAUUGCCACUCCGGCAUCCACAGGGGGUUUAGCUAGCAAAACCCCGCCACCAACGCCCAGCGUGCAGAUCCAGAUGGCCCCCGCCGCGGCAGCCGAGGAUGAAGCCCUCAUCAUGCAGCUCUGCGACAUCGUGAAUCUCGUCUACGGGGAGACAGAAGGCGACAUAUUCGUCGAGGGCUACCAACGCGUCAGAACAGAUGAAAUGCGACAGAUUGUUCGCGCCGGCGAGCUGGCCGUUGCCUAUCUCCCGCUGGGAGAAUCCAGCUCGACCUCGCAGCGUUGGUCUGUCAUCGGCUGCAUGAGACUCCAGACCCUGGCCGGCUCGCAGACGGGGGAGAUGGGUAUGUUCGCCAUCGAUCCUGUUCAUCGCGGUGGUGGAACGGGCCGGGAGAUGGCUGCGUUCGCCGAGGGACACUGUCGGAGUGUCUUGGGUUUGACGAGGAUGCGAUUGGAGCUGUUAGUCCCGCUUGGCUUCGAGCAUGCGUUUAAGAAGAGGUUGCAGGCUUGGUAUGAGAGGAUGGGGUAUGUGCUGGUCAAACUGGGCGUCUUUCAGGAUGAUUAUCCGCAGCUCGCCCCAUUGUUGAAGGGCCCUUGCGAGUAUCGUGUAUUUGAAAAGGACCUGGCAUGACGAAUAGCACUGCUGAAUAGUAGGAGUUCUGCAUGAAGUUUGUGUGCGCGUAACUCGUCAUCGGCAUUACAGGGUGAGCACAUUGCCUGGAUCGAGUCAAAACUUUGAACCGCUUGUCAGUAACUUAAAACCUCAUGACCACUAGCACUUUCCAUAAACGCACACUCCUUAGAUCACGGACCUAAAUAGGUACAGAA